GGACACACAGGAAGCACAGACUAAACACAACUCAUUCCUUUCAACAAAUUCCUCAGACUGACCCAGGUACACCGCUUCAAGAUCCAGCCUCAAAGCAAGGUGACAUGGACAAUGGCUUACAGUUGCUUGCGCAAAAUUGUCCACAACCAUGUCUGUUUCAUUUUCCCUGCAUCUCUUGUGCACUGGUACUUUAGACCUGUUUUUUAUCCUCCACUGGCACCUGAGAUGCUGUCUGUUGUUAAGGAUAUACUGGCCUGCCUCCUCCUGUUCGACAUGCAGUACUUUUUGUGGCAUCUGCUGCAUCACAAGGUGUCCUGGCUCUACAAUGUCUUCCACAAGGAGCACCACUUCUACACGGCUGCCUUCUCGAUGAUGACCGAAGACACAAGCAUCUGGGAGAUGCUGAGUCUCAGCUUUUUCACGACACUGAACCCCGCUCUCCUGGGCUGCCAUCCACUCACAGAGAUGCUCUUCUAUGUUACUAACAUGUAUCUGUCUGUGGAGGCUCACUCAGGCUAUGAAUUUCCCUGGUCUCCACAUAGACUCGUGCCCUUCGGCCUCUACGGAGGAGCUCGGCAUCAUGACCUCCACCACCUAAAAUUCAGAGUAAACUACGCGCCAUACUUCACGCACUGGGACAGACUUUUUGGCACACUGCAGGGAAAAGACACUCAGAAGAAGUCAAGAAACAAGAAGUCAUGAUUAUCAGAAUGUGUGAUGGACAUUAUUUCCAGCUGUCAACCUGCAAGAAAAGCAACUAAAGAUGAAAAUUGACUUAAUCAAAGCUAUAUUCUUGACAACAGCGACCAAUAACUGUGUCAAUAUGAACAUGGGCAUGCCAUCAUUUUAUUAAGAUGGACAUGAAAAAAUCUGAACUUAAACUGUAAAGGUGGCUGUAAAAAACUCAACUUCGUCAGAUCAGUACAAGGUACGAGUUAUCAAUCUACAGUCACAUAUGUAGUAUAUAAAUGUAUUUAUCUUCAAAGGUUGGAAGUCUUGUCACUAUUGGAAUUAUAUAACUUUUCAUCAUCAUUAUAAUGUAACUGUAUUUCAAAAUAUCACUUAAACCUCAUAAAUGUUAUAUACUUAUUUUAUUAAUCUAAUUUACUUCACUUUUGCCACAGAUGUUGUUGAUGUUUGUUUGAUUUUUUUGUAAUGCUUUCGAAACUGACAAAAUGUAAUUAAUAUGGCUCAAUAAAUGGCCUGACAUAAAGUGUUAUACCUUUAACCUACAGUCAGUUGGUAAAAUACCCUUUUUAUGUUUUUCCUCUGCCCUUUGAGCUGAAAUAACAUUUAAAUAACAAUUUGUCAGUGCAUGCAAAUGGUUUUUAUUAAAAUGCAAUGUAGUGGUACACCCACCUUGUCCCAGGAAGUCAAUCCAACCAUGUAUUCCUGUCUAUCUACUGGCACAAUGCACACAUCAUCUGUUUGCACUUACCCCCUGUAAUGUGUAAUGUGGAGCUGAAAUGACACUUACAUAACAUUUGUCAACACAGAAAAAAACAUUUCUUU